AUGUUUGUUGUGUCUAAUUUUCAGCCGGGUGGGCAUAGUUAUGGACAGACGUCAGGUGGUGGAGUGACGAGCGUAACGUCGACGAGUCAGAGAUCGGCAAGUGCAAAUUCAUCGUCGUACGUAGCGGGCGGUAAACGCGGUAGCAGUGCUUCAGCUGUCUCCGGAGCAUCUACCACUGGAUGUAGUGCUAGUUCGGAGAAGGUUGACAAAGGAGAGCUUGUCGAUACUUACUCCAAGUUAAAUGUAAGACAUACCUAA